AUCAGGUUUUAUUACAAUUAUCAGGAAAAAAAGAUGCCUGAUUACUGAUAACUGAAACAAAAAAAAUCACCCGACUUCAAGUCUUUAAUGUCAAGCAAGCUGUCUAUACUCCCAAAAAGAAAAAAAGGUGAUUCCUAUAAAGUCUGUCAAACAGUACAAACCAGCCUUUACAUUUUAAAUGAGAUUAGUGCUUUUUAAUAGGAGGAACUCAGCAGUGAAACCACCUGCCAGAUUACCAACAGGGAAAAGCCAUGAAAGAAAGCGUGUCAAAGUAUCUGUGCUAAUUUAAUUAAAAACUGUAUUUUACUGCUAAAUCUAUCCAUACAUCCAUCUAUUCACAUCCACUUAUCUAAUUCAGGUUUGUGGGGGGCUGGAGACUUAUCCCAGCUAUCAUAGAAUAAGGUGUGGAGUACAGCUUGGACAAGCUGCCGCACUGUCAGGGGCUCUGCUGCAUCCUGCUAAAUCAGAAUAUAAGGACCAACUGUAUGAUGCCAUGAUGAAGAUUUUAGGGUGGGUUCUUUCAGGGAUGUUUACGUGAUUUUUUUUUUUUAUGUGGGGCCCAUCCAUUUUCUUUGUGUAUCCAGUUCGUGGUUGCAGCUGGGCCAGAGCCUAUCCCAGCUGUCAUAGGACAAGAGGCAGGAUACAGCCCAGACAGGCUGCCAAUAUAUGGCAGGAUUAACACAGAGAGACAGGAAACCGUUCACCCUCACACAUUCACACCUACACCCAAAGUCCCCAGUUAACCUAAUGCACGUCUUUGUACUGUGGGAUGAAGCUGGACUACCAGAGAGGAACCAACCAAGAUUUGGGGGACACUGAUUAAGUGUAUUUAGGAGGACCACACCUUUUCUCCAUACCUCCUCAGCCGUUUUGGGGUAGCACAGGUUUGGGGGUCCAAGCAAAUUUUACGGAGGCCAGUGCCACCCCUGGACUCCAUUUUGGCUCCGUCCUUGCUUUGUUCUCUUUUAGAUCCACAUGCCAAAAUCCAGUUUUGAGAUUUUUUAACGAAGCGUAUUUCUUAUUUUUUGGGGGGAAAUUCUUAAAUUAUUGUCUGCUUAUUGUUAGGCUAACAUCCGUUUCAUUCUUCCCCCAGGCUUCAAUGUGAUACGCUGGAGAAUGAUGGCUCCUGCCGCUUCAUCCUUAUGUACUGUUGUAAUUUAGGUCGCAAGUUACUCUAUUUCCCACCGCCCUUGAAAGCAGCACCGCCCCUCUCAGAGUGAGUCCGCCUCUGCGCUCCAACCGAGAGGCACCGACUGACUGACUGGCUGCGUGGGGAGCCGGUGUGGGCGCAGCGGAGGACUUUCCUAUAAAAGCAGGGAUCCCACGACCAGACGCGCUCUUCUCUCUCAGUGAACGGCAGACAGGAGCCGCUCUUCCCCGCGAACAGCUGUUUCAUUCCCCUUGUUACAGUUCGGAAAAUCCUCCCAGCCUCAUCCGAAAGGAAAUCUUAGUCUAUGGUUCUGACUGACACGCCUACAAGGAUGUCCCGGACCGACGAGGUGCACCGUAUAACGGAGAAUGUCUACAAGUCCAUCAUGGAGCAGUUUAACCCGUGCUUACGGAACUUCAUAGCCAUGGCAAAAAGCUAUGAGAAGGCGCUCACCAGUGUCACAUAUGCUGCAAAGGGCUACUUCGACGCUCUGGUGCGGAUGGGCGAGAUGGCCAGCGAAAGUCAAGGCUCUAAGGAUCUUGGGGAUGUGCUCUUUCAGAUGGCUGAAGUGCACAGACAGAUCCAGAUCCAGCUUGAGGAGAUGUUGAAGUCGUUUCACAACGAGCUGCUCACAGAGCUGGAGAAGAAGGUCGAGCUGGACGCGCGAUACCUGAAUGCUGCACUGAAGAAGUACCAGAUGGAGCACAAGAGCAAAGGGGAGAGUUUGGAGAAGUGCCAGGCAGAGCUAAAGAAACUGCGCCGGAAGAGCCAGGGCAGCAAGCACCCGUCCAAAUAUGGGGACAAGGAGAUGCAGUAUGUGGAGGCCAUCAGUAAUAAGCAGAGUGAGUUGGAUAACUACAUCGCUGAGGGCUACAAGAACGCUCUGUCUGAGGAGAGGAGGAGGUACUGCUUCCUGGUGGACCGUCAGUGUGCUGUGGCCAAAAACAGCAGCGUCUACCACAACAAGGGGAAGGACCUUUUAACUCAGAAGAUCCCACUGUGGCAGCAGGCUUGUGCCGAGCCCAACAAACUGCCAGACCGUGCCAUGUUUCUGGCCCAGCAGAUGAGUGGUGCAACGGGCACCAUGCCUCCUGGUGCUCAUCACCCCGGCCUUCCCAUCUCUGAGCCUAUUCCUGGUGCUAAACCCCUGCCAGUGCCUCCAGAGCUGGCAGCCCUCAGGGCCAGCGGUGGCAUGGGACAGCAGAGGCUGAUGGGAGGUGUGGAAGGAGGGAUGCCUGUGAUGAAUGGUACGGCCGGCGUUCAUGGAGGAGAAGACUACCAGCAGUGGAUGGAGGGCAAAAUCGCCCAGGGCAAAGCCUCACCGCAGACUCAGCGGCAUGGAGGCGAGGUGUACUCCAACACCCUACCUGUGCGCAAGGCCGCCCCAGCCAAGAGCAAGACCACACUGAAGACCCGCACGCUGCCCCGGUCCAGCUCCAUGGCAGCAGGUCUGGAGAGAAACGGAAGAACUCGUGUCCAGGCCGUCUUCUCCCAUGCUGCCGGUGACAACAGCACGCUGCUUAGCUUCGCUGAGGGCGACGUGAUUACCCUGCUGGUACCCGAGGCCCGUGAUGGCUGGCACUAUGGAGAGAAUGAGAAGACAAGGAUGCGUGGCUGGUUUCCCUUCUCCUACACACGGGUGAUCACUGAUGGCGAAGGAGACUCUAUGCGGCAACUUCGAGUACACAAUCUCCACCAUGGCAAAAGCAGCAGCACGGGCAACCUUCUAGAGAGAGAAGACAUGGCUCUCCCCGUCCCUGAUUACGGCAUCCACUCCCGUAUGGCAGCACAGAGCGCUGCUGCGCUGCACGGCAGACAACAACGCCCCUACAGUGUGGCGGUGCCAGGCUUCUCACAGCAGGGAGUCGAAGAGUAUGAGCCCCGCUUCCCCACAAGUGAUGAUCCACCAUGCGAGCCGGCUGUGGAGGCCCCAGCCAAACCGCCCCUCUCCGACGAUGAGGAUGAAAUCGAGGAGGACCACCUUGAUGAAGCUCACUAUGAUUCCUUGGAGAAGACUUCCAGUCCUCCAGGGGACUUCUGAGCUUUCUUUUAAUGUAAACCAGCUGUAGGUGGAUCACUGGGGCACAAUUUCACCCUCAACCCUAAACUGGAAGGCUCUGAUUUACCCUCGGUAUUACAAUAAUGCUACAAAAUGAAAAGAAUUAAAUAUAAUCAGCAGAUAAAGUCCACUACAACAUGUCACGGCAACAGUAAUCGCUGUAAUCGCCCGGAGAAAAUGUAAAUAAAUACUAGGAUUGACUUUAUAUUUAACCAUGUAGCAAGGAAGCCACAUUCAAAAGUUACAAAAAUUAAAGAUGAGGUUUUCCUGUUGAUUGGUGACUUUGGUAAAGUGGCAUUUUAGAUGAGCAGCAGUGGAGCUGAUUCACUUUUGUAAAGGUUUUAAAGCCUACAAGGAACAUGUGGUGUAUAAAAAGUAGAAUGAGAGCAGAUGUUUACUCGUUUGGCUCAUGUGGUUCAUUUUAAAGUCAGAAUUCUUGCCUCUUGUAUCGUAUCGUUACCCAAAGACUAAUGCCUAGCUCCAUGUAGACUCACAGGAUCGGUAGCCGAUCUCUGUGCAUUUAAAAUGCAGCUCCUCCCCUCUUGCCUUGUCAAUGAAAGGGCUUUAAAAUUGCUAAGCUUUACACCAUGUUGGGUGUCUCACCUUUGAGCCUCACCUCUCAAUACUGCCUUUUCACCUGGCAAGAGCACCGUAUGCUUGUCAAACAGUCCAGUGUAUGCACCGUAAGAAACGUCUUAUUCAGAGACCGAUGAUCUUAAAGCACGACGGCAGAAAAAAAAGUACUGAAACACAUCAGAAAGGUAGAUUAUAUGGAAAAAGAUAUCUGUAGAAUACGUUUGUGCUGAUAGCAUCACAGCUGAUAAGCACACUACUCGUAGUACUGUACCUUCAGCUAAUUCUGUACUCACAGGAAAUCUUUUAUCUUUCUGCAGUACUAGAGAUAAGCAGCCGUUCAGGCGUUUGUACCUACACUUAAUAAUGAAUUUCACUGGUUCUCAGAUUCAUGUUUGAUUGUUAUUGUUUGUAGUGAACAAGCACUUUAUUAGAUCUUCUUAAAGCAACAUGUUCAGCUGAGAUUUAAUUCAGUAAUACAAUCAACAGGAGAAACUUUGUAAUUGCAUGUUGUUUAUCUAGUUUAAGGUAAUCGUUGACAGGCAAACAUGGUCACGCUAACGUAGGUUGUGUUGGUUGCACUGAGCCGAGGUCAUUUAAGAUGUGCUCGUUUCGGUGUCUGUGGUUUACUUGUUUAAGAAUUUAAAAUACAUUUAAAUCUUAGAUUUAAGUGGGGUGUAAUAAUAACUUAAUAAAGCACUGAAAACUACAUUUAGAAAAAUCACACCAUCCCUCUACUUUUCCCACUUAUUGAGUUAUUGAUUAUUUUUUAUUAGCAUGAACAAUUAUGUGAUUUCAGUAAGUGUCAUGGUUCUUAUUGAUAGUAAUGAUAUUCUAGGGUCCAGUGUGGGUAUGUGAAAUUAUACCUGCUCGGGUUAGGUUUGGUUUACCUUCAUGUUGGAAUAGCAAACUGGAAAACAGGUUUGAACUACUUAACUGCUGAAUAUAUAUCUAGUGGAAGGACCCACAUCAGGAAUUAUGCAAAAUUUCAGGUCUCAACUUUCAUUAUUUUUUUAAAAAAAGAAAUGCUUUAUUUUAUUUCUUUUUUUCAGAAAAGUAUUCCAGGAUGUGAAAGUUGUUUUUAAAAUUUUUUGUCCUUGCAUCUUUCAACCAUGUACGAGUAUGUGUUUCUUAAAAUUAUAUCCAAAAUUUGUGAAAGGCUCAUUUUCAAAAUAUGACAUUUUGAAAGUUUCAUAUUUAUCUGAGUAUUUUAAUAUAUCCUAAUGGAAUUUUAAAAUAUCUCCAUGAAUAUAAAAAAAAUACCUCUUUAAAAAUAUUUUAGUGGAUGAAGGUCAUUCACUGAAAUAUGUUUUAAGAAAACCAAUAACACAAGAGACCUGAAAUUUUAAGUCCUAUUAAUAAGUGAUGAACUGACAUGAAUGGAACGUAUGAUUUUUUUUCUUAGCCUUCAGAGAACCAGAUUUCUUUUAAGUUGUUGAUGAAUUUCAUCAGUAAAUUUUAGUUAACAGGACUAUGAGGUGAAUUCCUAUUCACAAUAAUAAAAAUUAAGACUUUGAGAUUUGAGAAGAAACAAAUUUGAAUGUAACUGGUUUUAAACCCGAUUUAAGCAACAAUUGCAAGUCUGAUUUAUUUGUUUUUAUACUUUUCAUAUUAGCAGAGCAGAAUUAGCCUCAGUACUUUCUGCCCUUAUUAAAGCACCUGUACCUCCAAUGUAGUGAACGACGGAGCUUGUUAUUACACAUGGAUGUAAUCAGCUGUGCUCUUUCUACUCCGAUGACUACACAUAAAAACUAUCAUGCACCUUAUUGUAUGUGCAUGCAAAACAUGUAUCCACCACUAGAUGGCAAUAAAACUGGACUUCCUCACCUGGAUGUAGACAGUUAGAAAGGAAAAAAGAGAUUUUCUUUAAGGCUAUUUUUAAAGUUUCUGGAUUUUUUUCACACAUAUUUUCCCCAAAGUCAGCUGGUAUUCAGCUGUAUAUGUCUGAGGAUAUUUCCAAAAAACUCCAUUGUUUUAUAUUAAUUAUGAGGAAAAAUAAAAUUCUGGUGUCUGCAGAGAUCAUGCUAGUACCUUCUCAUUAUAUCAGAGUACUUGUGUAGUACAGAGGUACAUAAACUAUAUAUCCAUAAUGAUUCACCUGCAUUGGGUGAUUCAGUUAUUCACUCUGUUUUGUGCUCUGACCUGCUAUGAUAAUCAUUUUUAAUUGUCUUUCUAAGGAAAUUGUUCUUGAUUAUUGAGAUCAAUUCAUGAAAAACGGUUUUUCACUUCAACUAUAUGCUUUAUUGUUUUUUAUAAUAUAUUUGAUAAUUAAAAUUAUCAAGUCUUCAUACACUUGAAGCACUAUCUUCAGUUUCCCUAUAGUUAAUAAAAAAUUACACGGGAUGUUUUGGAAAUAUCUGCAUUAUUUAUUAUUAGAUGAUCCCACAUGUCCCAGCUCAUUUUACAGUUAUGUUUCAGGGAGAUAUAUAAGAAAUUAGCUGAAAACUAUGUGACUCAGAAAUAUGAAAACCAAUAAAACCUACGUUAAUGUAACAUAAGGAGUACUGUACUGGCAGUCUACACUAUACAAUGAUGUGAGUUGAUGGUAAACAAAUUGUUUGUUUUUUAGUUUAAUUCUGACAAUAAAGAAUCAAGUAUUUAACAAUA